AUGGUGUCAAUGAGUCUGGAUAUUGAGAUUAAACAUCUGGAAUCAGUGUUUACGGAGGGAGACAAAAUCACUGGGAAAAUCAACUUAUAUUGCGCACAAAGUACAACCAUACAAAGCAUAAGGGCCCGGCUUGUUGGAGAGAGCACUUCGAGCCUCACGGGCAUGCCUGGGCUCUUAUUUUCGAGAAAGGAAGAAGAAAAGCACAUUUUCCUACAACAAGAGCAAAAAAUUGUCCCCAAUCCAAAAUCGAGGAAGUCAGAAACGAGAGAACUUUCAAAAAUAGGGGCCGGUUAUCACAGCUUCGAUCUUUCACUGAAAGUUCCUCGGUCUGCAGAAUGCUGUUCUUGCGCAUCAAAUAUUCCACAGAACACGUUGAUACAAAUUGGAGAGGAUGAAAAGCCACGCAGUCCCCAUAGGCUACCUCCCUCUAUGAACAAUCUCGGGAAAGGCGCAGAGAUUUCUUAUCGAGUGGAAGUCAUGGUCACAUACAUCCGUAACAUGUUCAAAAAUACGUUGCGAAAGACCCAACCAAUUACUAUCUGGCCAAUUGACAUCAUUUCAUCACUCGACCGAAGGUCAAUGGCAAACGCAGGUAUCGCAAAGGCACGAGCGACUGUUUUAGGACCUUCGACCGGUUCUUCGAGGUCUUCGGUACACUCGCAACAGACCAUGUCUUCUUCACGAUCGCAUACUCCUGCUGAGAUCCUUAUGACUGCUACAUUUCUUCCAGACUUCCAACUCAUUCGGCCCUCUAAACGGAAUCCUAACUUGCGAGGGCUUCAAUUGGAUUUAUGCAUAGAAAAGCUAAAUCAGAACCCCCACGACCUUUACCUCCAGUCAUUCCAGAUGCUUCUGGUUGGCUAUACAGAUAUCCGCGCCGGCCCCGCUACACACGGACAAAUGACCUUCUGGACCCUGCAAAGCUUAAGCAAUCUUGGGAUCAAGGUGUUCAACGGUGAAGAUCCGGAAGGUUGUAGACGAAGAAUAAGUCCCUCACUGUGGGAAGGCGUCAGUGUCGAGGAUAGCAUUGUUCCAAACUUCUCAACUUGCAACCUUGAACGCAGAUAUGAGGUUGAGAUCCUCAUGGGCUGGCAGUGCCAUUCGGGAGUGGACGCCGGUCGCGUGUUCUUUGUUCAAGUUCGAACUCCAGUAAAGGUCACUUCUGGUAUUCUGCCGGGGCGCGAACUUUCCGAACUAAGAGUUACCCAGAUAACUACUAGUCAUCGGGAAUCGAGUUCAGUACUACCAAAUGUGAAUACUGGCCACGAUUGGAACUUUCAGAUGCCACCGACAUACGAUGAAGCGGUGAAGAAUUUUCCUCCAAACAGACUCAGUGGUUUGAAUUAUAUUGAGAGGUAACGGAACUGCGGCCAUGACGUUUUUUUUCUUCAUAUUUG